AGUGUCCAGUGAGUGGGACUAAGUGGGGACUAGCAGUGUGGUUUCACACUGCAACCAACUGAACACCCCUCGCCUCAAUCGCCCCUACAGAAAAACAUUAAAAAUGUCUUACUUAAAAAUUAAAACACAGGAAUUCAUAGUUUUAGGUAAUUAUACACUGAUGAAAACAUUAUUAUGAAUACUAUAUUCCAUACUAUACACACUGGACCUAAGGUUUUCAGUGCAGGUCUUGUCAUGCAGUCAUUGUACUUGGAGGCUUUUCCCUGGAGAUCCUUGAACAUGGGCCUUUAAAGUCACUGAAGGUUGAUGAGGGUGUUUGGAGUUCCAUGAGGAAGAUGAUGAUGGUGAUGAAGAUGCAUGCAGAAGGCCUCUCCCUUGAUUAAAGCCCCCUGUAGAUGAUCCCGGCUCCCGGCUGCCCGGCUCGGCCUCGUGGCUGCUGGCCCUUUAAGAGACGCGGGAGGCGGCGCGGAGCAUCUUGUCUGCGGUGUUUUUGUCUCUCUGUCAGUGAGCGCUCCUGGGCCGAGGCGGCUGAAAGGAUUUCCAGAGGGCAGGUGCUGACUGUUAGAGUGCAAGAGAAGGAAGGGAGAGCAAGGAGCCCGGGGAGGAGAGAUCCCGUCCUUGCAGCGCAAGCAGCUGGUGAGAGUUUGUGGGCGACUGUUUGAUUGGCUGCCACAGGCUCAGAAUGGCUCAGGUGCUGCAUAUGGACCCCGGCUUCCCAGGGAAACUCAACCCGCCUGCUCCCCCUUCCCUGCACGGCAAAGAACAGGAGGCGCCCUACUCAGUGGAGACCCCCUAUGGAUACCGUCUGGACCUAGACUUCCUCAAAUAUGUUAACGACAUAGAGAAGGGAAACACUAUCAAGAAGGUGCCUAUCCAACGACGGCCACGAUAUGGCUCCCUGCCCCGCGGCUAUGGCUACACCGGCUCCUGGUGGACCUCCACAGAGUCUCUGUGCUCCAACACCAGCAUGGACAGCCGCCACUCCUCCUUCUCCUACUGUGCCCCAGGCUUCCACACGUCGCACAGGCCCAGCUUCAGCACUGCACGGGUGGAGAAGACCCUGUUGGAUGCACGCAGGAAGCUGGAGGAGGAGAAAGAGGGGCGGAGAUUCUCCAACCUUGGCAGCAUGCACAGCAGCGUAGCAGGCUCGAACACCUCGCUGAGCAGUGCACACAGCUUCAACCGAGCCCAAGGGGGAGGCGGAUCGUUCACCCCACUGAGUUCUGGCCUUUCCACCCCAGUGACCCCAACACCAGCACACCUGCAGCAUGUCAGGGAGCAGAUGGCUGCAGCCCUCAGGAAGAUAAGGGAGCUAGAGGAGCAGGUGAAGACCAUCCCUGUGCUGCAGGUCAAAAUCUCUGUGCUGCAGGAGGAGAAGCGGCAGCUCAGCGUCCAGCUGAAGAGCCAGAAGUUUUUAGGUCAUACUCUGGGUUUCAGCCGAGGUCGCACCAGAGGAGAGCUCUACAUCGACAUCCCUGAGGAGGAGGCGAAUAAUGGAGCUAAGAGCAGCAACAAACCAGCAGGGCCACUGUCUCCCACCACACCUGAGGGCUCCAAGCAAGACUCAGGGUGUGAGAUCGAGGACACAGUGAUUGUGGGUGGAGCGCGACCAGAUGCAAAGCGAGAAGUGCGCACCAUCGGAGUGGGACCAGAGGACGCAAGGGGCAGUCGUCAGGUGGGAGUCUGGGUCCGGGAGGAGGAUCUGGGGCUGCUGCCAGAAGCAGUGGCUCUUAAGAAUCAAGUGGGUCAGCUUGAGGGCCAGCUAAAGAGGACGAUGCAGGAGCUGCAGAGUGUGCAGCAGCAGGCCGAAACAGUCCAGAGCGCGCCUCAGCCAGAGCAUCCAGUCAUGGCCACCAGCAUGGGCUGGCAGGAGCCCCAAGGCUGCAGCCUGCACACUCUGGUCAGCUUCACUCAGCUGCCCCAGCAGAGGGAACAGAGGACAGUGGGAAUCCAGGUGUACACACUGGAGCAGCCCAAGGUGGUGGAGGUGGGCACUCUGCUCCGAGCAGAAACCUGCAGCUCCCCCUCGCUUCAACCAGCUGCUGGAGUUGUGGAGGGCCACCACAGAGGACAAGCUGAAGACGGUCCAGUUGAAUUGCCGAUUGCAGUCAGCUCCAAGCAAGUACGCGACGUCCUAAAGAGCGAGCUGUCCACUUCGGUACCUGUCGCCACUCCUGUCAUUGCUGUAGGUGCGCCUGGUAAUCAGUCUGUUUUGAUGCAUCCUAAAGAAGGGGAGACACACCUGCAUACAUCCACAGAGGCUGUCCAGUCACAAGAAGGCCCAAAGACAGCUUCAUCGCCACAGUCUUCCCUGAGGUCCAUUAUGAAGCGGAAAGCAGAAGGUGAACCAGGAUCUCCCUCCACAAAGAAAAAUCUACAGUUCACUGGAGUCAAUGGAGGGUAUGAGUCCACGUCAUCAGACGAUAGCAGCAGCGAGAGCUCAGAUGAGGCGAGCGACUCCAGCGAAUAUCACGAAGCCAGAGAAAAACUGCCAGAGUCAACCGCCCAGCACCAGCAAAUAACCCACAGCCAGGCCUGCCAGCCUCCAGAAACCAACAGUGUACCUCAACAGACUGCCGUCAAAACUGUCAUUCCAGACUCACAGCAGAGUCCCAACCAGUCUGCAACUGUAGACACAAGACCGCCAGACAAACCCCCCCGGUCACUAGCGCCGGACACUGUUAUACAAAAUUGUGCCUCACAGCCACCAGCCUCGGUCUCCACUGUAACUCCUCCAUGUCCCGCAAACGAUCCUGCCUCUACAGAGACCGCCAACCAGCCAUCAGAAAAACACACAGUCACCCAGGAGACCACCUCCACAUCGUCAAGCACUGAAUCCACUCCUGGACAAAGCUCCGUACAGUCCUCAGUUACCUGUUCUUCAUCGCCGUCUGUCACUAAAACCGCUGAGAUCACCAAGCAGCAACACACCGCCCAGUCAGAAACAAGCGUCCUCAGCAGCCAGUCAGAGUUACCACCAGCAGCUGAAAGUGUCGCCAAAGACACUGCCACAGCCAAACAAGUCAGACUGGAGCUGAGUGACGGCCUGAUGUCGGCUCUUCAUGCCCUGCAGAAAGCCCUCGGGGACGCCAAUGCCUUCAGCCAGCAAGGAGCAAGGGCGGCUUACACCACCGUGCUGCAGGAGUGGCUGCGUGUGUCCUGUCACAAAGCAGCGGACACGGCUGUUGUCAAGGCCUACAUGAGCACCUUCGCCUCCCUCUCCCCUCAGCUGCUGGAGUUUGUAAUCAACAUGGCAGACGGCAACGGGAACACGGCGCUUCACUACACCGUCUCCCACUCCAACUUCCCCGUGGUGAAAUUGCUGCUGGACACUGGCCUGUGCAAUGCUGACAAGCAGAACAAGGCGGGCUACACGGCCAUCAUGCUGACAGCUCUGGCUGCCUUCCACUCAGACAGCGACCUUCAAACCGUCCUGCAGCUGCUGCGCACUGGGGACGUCAACGCCAAGGCUAGCCAGGCUGGUCAGACGGCGCUGAUGCUAGCAGUCAGCCAUGGUCGAGGGGACAUGGUGCGGGCGCUGCUGUCCUGCGGAGCACAGGUCAACAUCCGUGAUGACGACGGCUCCACGGCGCUCAUGUGUGCCUGCGAACACGGUCACGUGGACAUCGUGCGUCAGCUGCUGUCUGUGCCGGGCUGUGACGCCACUCUCACCGAUAAUGACGGCAGCACUGCUCUGUCCAUCGCCCUGGAGGCCAGCCAGAAUGACAUCGCUGUGCUUCUGUACGCUCACCUCAACUUUGCAAAGCCUCCGUCCCCUGUUUCGCCGAAGUCUCCUCUCUUGGGCUCCUCUCCUCCCUCUGGUGAAACAAAAUAAACUCCGCUCCGGCUCGACAGCCGAUCCACAGCAACUUCUCAUAUUACAGUGUGAUUUCUUUUCAUCUGUGUAAUUGAUAGAAACAAUGAGUUUGUGUGUGCAUUUGUUCUCACCUGCCAUAAUUUAAUGACAUUAUAAUGUGCAGAUAAUGACACGACAGCUUUCACCAUUGUUAUCCAUUGCUUUGUUUUUACACAGUUGUUUUUUUUUUUUUUUUAGUCACAGCAGUGGUUGAAGACGCGGAUUACUUGUUUGGUACAGAACAGUCCAGUCCUGCAGUGAUCUGGUAGUCAGCCCUGAUUUAAGGAGCACUUACAAGUCAAAACUGUUCACAACAUUACUCGACACUGUUAUCAUUAUACACUUGUUGUUUUACUCCGUAUGUUUCUUGUAUUAGUUGGGUCAUAGAGCGAUGUGUUUUCAUUGUAAUGUGUACAAUAGCUCUUAUGCAGUAGCAUCAUUAUGUGUGUGACCAUCACAGCCAUUUGGAAUAACUAAAGCCACCCCUCUCAUGGAUAAGUGUCCUUGCAUCAACGAGCUCAUUGGUGCUAGAGUACAGAAAACAACACAACAGCAGUUUAUCAAUAUUUAUACACAAGAUUUAUUUACUCUAGAGUAUUUUUGAUAUGGAUUUUUUUGUUUUUAUUCUUAAUUCAGGACUUCCAAGGAUCAAGAUUUUUUUUUUAUUUUAUUUCCGAGGCGAUGGUAAACUUAUUACGCCUUUUUAACCAGAAAACAAAAAUAAGAUAUGUGUCGACCACAUUCCCCAAAAUAAAACCCAAAGAUGUAUCUCUCCUAACAGCUCGGUGACACUGUAUAUCGUGGUGAUAAUGUUAGCACUGGCCUAGCAUCAAGUGUGAAGGAAGACAGGUGUCAACAUUAACCUCUGAAGGCAACGGUACUAUGGUCUUUGUAUUUUUGUACGUGAAGGUAUUUUGGAUGGUUGGAAGGAAGGUUUAGAGUGUGUCUGUGUUUGUUUUAUUCUGUGCUUAUACGAUUUAACAAGACUUUGUUGAGAAACGACUGAAAGCUCCGGAGAAGCCGGUGAGAUUUUGUCAGGGAACCGGAAAGUGACUGAUUGGGGUCUUUAAAAGACGGGCCAUGUAAGAUGUGAAUAUCAAAAUAAUAUAUGUCAAUAUAAACUGGUAGUUAUGAUGCCUGAAAUCACAUUCCUUGAACAAAAGUGCAUAGGCUAUUGAUGUCAGAAAUUUCUAUUGCUUUUUAAAGAUUUUUUCACAGUUUUCAUAUUCACUUUUAAGCAAUUGAAUUUUUUAUAAACUCUCAAGUUUUUAAUUUAAGUAUCUACCUUUUUUUAUAUAUACAUUUAGGGUUUUUUAACCCACACCUACUUUAUGUAAUCGCACAGCUCUUUGGUUUAUGUUUUAUGAAGGUUUGUGUAAAAUUCUAGAUUGUGUUUCUCGAUCGGUUAAUAAAUGUGGACCACACUGUU